ACCUACACCGGAUCCAUCCUAGUUGCAGUGAACCCCUAUGAAAUCCUCCCCAUCUACACAUCGGAGCAGAUCCAGCAGUACCGGGAUAAGAAGAUCGGAGAGCUGCCUCCUCACAUCUUUGCCAUCGCUGACAACUCCUACAGCAGCAUGAAGAGAUACCAGCAUGACCAGUGUGUUAUUAUCAGUGGCGAGUCUGGAGCGGGGAAGACAGAAAGUACCAAACUGAUCCUCCAAUUUCUGGCGGCAGUCUCGGGACAACAUUCAUGGAUAGAGCAGCAGAUCUUGGAGGCCAAUCCUAUCAUGGAAGCCUUCGGCAACGCCAAAACUAUCCGCAAUGACAACUCCAGCCGAUUCGGCAAAUACAUUGACAUCCACUUCAAUGAGAAAGGUGUCAUAGAGGGAGCCAGGAUCGAGCAGUACCUGCUGGAGAAAUCUCGUAUUGUCAGCCAGAUGCAUGAUGAGAGGAACUACCAUAUCUUCUACUGCAUGCUGUCUGGCUUGUCAGCAGAAGACAAAGCCAAACUGGAACUACAGGAUGCCCAUCAUUACCAGUACCUGAUACAGGGAGGCAGUAUUGUCUGUGAAGGCCGGGAUGACAAGAAGGAUUUUGCUGACAUCCGUUCUGCCAUGAAGGUUCUCAUGUUCGAAGACUCUGAUCUGUGGGAGAUUCUCAAAAUCCUCUCAGCACUGCUUCACCUCGGCAAUGUUAAAUACAAUGAAAUUGAAUUGGAUAACCUUGCUGCAACAGAGAUCCAGGAUAUUUCAUACAUCAACAAAGUGGCCAGGCAACUUGAGGUGAACGCUCAGAACCUGGUCGAUGCCCUGACAACGAGAACCAUUGUGACCAAAGGAGAGAGUGUAACAUUCACAAUGAACAAAGAACAGUCUCUAGAUGUGCGUGAUGCUUUUGUGAAGGGGAUUUAUGGUCGGAUGUUCAUCUGGAUUGUUGACAAGAUAAAUGAAGCUAUCUACAAACCAAAAGGGAGCCAGUUUCGUAAAUCUAUUGGCGUGCUUGACAUCUUUGGAUUUGAAAACUUUGACAAAAAUAGUUUUGAGCAGUUGUGCAUCAACUAUGCUAAUGAGAACCUGCAGCAGUUCUUUGUGAGGCACAUCUUCAAGCUGGAACAGCACAUAGAGUUCCUGGACAACCAGGAAGCCUUGGAUCUGAUCGCUGCCAAGCCCAUGAACAUGCUGGCUCUGAUUGAUGAAGAGAGCAAGUUUCCAAAGGGCACAGAUGAGAGUAUGUUGAACAAACUGCACCAGUACCAUGCCAGUCACCCAAACUACUUAAAACCAAAAGCUGCUGUCAAUCAGACAUUUGGACUCAGCCAUUUUGCAGGAGUGGUCUUCUAUGAUUGUAGAGGUUUCCUGGAGAAGAACCGAGACACUUUCAGUUCAGACUUAGUCUCCUUGAUCCAAGAAUCUAAGAGCAGGUUCAUUAGUCUGUUAUUCUCCUCUGAUAUCUCCAUGGGUACGGACACAAGAAAGAAGUCACCCACACUGGCCUCACAGUUCAAGAGGUCGCUAGAGCAACUGAUGUCUACUCUGAGCUCCUGCCAGCCAUUCUUUGUCAGAUGUAUCAAACCAAAUGAGUUUAAGAAGCCAAAGAUUUUUGACAGAGAGCUGUGCUGUAAACAGUUGAGGUACUCUGGCAUGAUGGAAACUAUCAGAAUUCGACGUGCUGGGUAUCCCAUCAGGCACAGCUUUGCAGAGUUUGUUGACCGCUACAGAAUACUUGUCGAUGGAAUCGGACCUUCCCACAAAGAGGACUGCAGAGCUGCAUCCAAUAAGAUUUGCUCAGCAGUUCUUAAAAAUGCAGAUUACCAACUUGGAAAAACGAAAGUCUUCCUCAAAGAUGCCCAAGAUGUUUAUUUGGAACAGCAAAGGGAAAUUACUCUCACCAGGAAAAUUCUGAUUAUUCAAAAGAUGGUGCGAUCUUGGCACUAUCGACGCAGAUACUUGAAGAUGAGAAAAUGCAUUGUAGUUGUUCAGUCUACUAUGAGAGCCUUCCAGGAGAGAAAGCGUUUUCUAGUGAUAAGACAAGGUUAUAUGAGACUGCAGGCCUUGGUCCGAUCCAGAAUGCUGACAGCAAGGUUCAAUGUCAUCCGAGCCUGGGCUCUUAACUUACAGAAAUACUGUCGAGGAUAUUUGGUCAGGCAGUGGGUACAGAAGAGGAUUGUGGCCAUUGUCCAGAUCCAGGCUUCGGUGAGAACCAUCAUUGCUCAGAAGCAGCUGAGAAGACUAAGGAUUGAG